ACUUACCUUGAACAGGGAGCAGUUCAUGAUGGUAACUAUUACUAACUUAUCAUUGUUUCAAGCAGUCAACUAUAUGUUUCGUGCUCACAUGUCAUGCUUCCAAAAUUUGCAUAGGUUGUUCCUCGUUGGUGCUAUGGAAGGCAUGACGGAUGGGCGAGUUUGGUGGAUAGGUGGCUCGGCGACGAUGCAGAGUUUGCUGCCAAGAGCAUCAAGGCCCGGGCUAACCGUGGAAAAGACGGGACACACGGCCAAGGAAACAGGAACCACUGGGGCUUCAAGGCCAUGAAGGAGGACAAGUUGAAGAGGCCGCUCUCAGACAUUGAGUCGUGGAAGCUGGCCCGCGAGCGGAGUCAUCCCAAGGAGGGCGAGAGCCAGUACUACGGCAAGACCGAGGAGCACCUGGAGUCUUACACUCAGCACUAUCAGAAGUUGCAUCCGGAUGUUCCUGUUCCUGAGGUCGCCCAGUCUCAGAUCGACGACACGGCGGUGGUGGCCAUCCAGGGGAAGUCACAUGGCCGGUAUCCGUGUUUCGAUGGCUUGAUAAACUCCUUCGAUCUCGUACACACGGCUUCGGUCUACCAACCCGAGCCAGUUAGAGAGUACGGGGCGUUCACAGACUCCCUUAGCCCGCCAGCAUGCUGCAUAUAA